AUUUUUUUUUUAAUUUAGUUGAAUUAGAAAUUAAAACAUGACUGUAGGUGUUUUUUGAUUUUUAGAUAAAUUAACAAAUUUUACGUUUUUAAAAAUAAAUACAGCAGUGUAAACAAAUAAACUAAUAAAGUAAUGAGUGAAUUGUCGCAGGGAUAUCAACCGACGUCAUCGCGUUUGGAAGAUAGCAGUAGUAGUGGCGAUGAAGAUACAGAUAUGCAUGAAUCUGAACAAUACCAGCAGUACGGCAAUCAAACUCAAUCAAGACAGGAUGAUUUAAAACAAAUAGACAUAGGCGAACUUGAACAGCCAAGAGGUAGUGCCGCGCCAGCACAACAACAGGAAGAUGACAAUGAACUCGAAUGGAGAGAGGAAACAGAAGAACAUUCUGAAACACAACAACAACAGGAUGGUAAUAUGAAAGUGGUGGCUUCACAUUACAAUGAACUGAAAGAAGCUGGCCGGAAAGAACGUUUUAAAUCUCGUAUAUUUCAUAUGAGAAAUUUUAAUAAUUGGAUAAAGUCCCAAUUGAUAUCGGAAUAUUUAAAACGCAUACAUGAAAAUCAACGCAUGGGAGAGCCUAUGCGUGUGCUAGAUAUGUGCUGCGGUAAAGGUGGAGAUUUACUUAAAUGGGAAAAGGCUAUGAUCACCUAUCUCAUUUGUACCGAUAUAGCAGAAGUUUCCGUUGAACAGUGUAAAAAACGCUAUGAGGACAUCUGUCGAAGAGCUGAGAAAUCGAAAUUUCCUCACAAAUUUGAAGCAGAAUUCUUUGCAUGCGAUUCUACUUUAGUUAGAUUGAGGGAACGGUUUAAGGACCCUUCGUUAAAACUUAAUUUGGUUUCUUGUCAGUUUGCCUUUCACUAUUCCUUUGAGUCACUUACUCAAGCCGAGUGCAUGGUACGCAAUGCAGCUGAAUGUCUGCAACCUGGUGGUUUCUUCAUCGCAACUAUGCCCGAUGCUUAUGAGCUAAUGAAGCGUUUAAGAGCCUCUAGCGAUGGCCGCAGUUUUGGCAAUGAAGUUUAUAAUAUCGAAUUUGUUUGCGACACCAAUCCACCACCCUUGUUUGGUGCAAAAUAUCAAUUUCAUUUAGAGGGUGUUGUUGACUGUCCAGAAUUUUUGGUGCAUUUUCCCACGUUAGUUAAACUGUGCCGUAAGUACGGUUUGAAAUUGGACAGAAAGACUACUUUCGCCGAUUACUAUAAGGAAAAUAUUGAAAAAGGUCGUGGCCUGUUGCAACGUAUGAAUUGCUUAGAUACUGUGUAUGCCAAUCGUGUUGGUAAUGAUGAACAAUAUGCCCACCUCAAACGUUAUAUGAAGAGUAAUUCUGGACGACCAUAUGGUUCAUUGACAAAAUGUGAAUGGGAAGCAGCAACAAUUUAUCUAGUCUGCGCUUUUCGUAAAUGUAAAAAUACUUGGGAUGCUCAAGGUAAACCGGUAUUUGAAUUUGAUGAUUGACAUCCUGUAGCUGCCUAUUAAUUCAAAAGCCUUAAAAAUACAUUAAAAGAACCCCACAAAUAAAAAACAACAGCAUAUUAAGAAAACAUCAUUUUUUUUGUUAAUAAAAUACCUUUAAAACAUAA